ACAAGCGGCGGCACGGCGAGGCGAGGCGAGGCGAACAUUCUGAUUUCCUUGUUACAAGAUGGGAGAACCCAUGGAAGAAGUUUCUAUUGAUACCCUUGAGACAACUAAUAAUCUAUCACCCGAUGUUUUUGAGUUUGCGAGAAAUUAUCAAGUGGAAGCACGGGAUAAGGCGAUAAAGCAGAACACGAUUGUGUUUUUAGAAACUGGUUCUGGGAAGACACUGAUUGCUAUUAUGCUCCUUCGAAACUAUGCUUACCUUUUAAGAAAACCAUCUAAAAGCAUUGCUGUUUUCUUGGUUCCUACUGUUGUCUUGGUCCAACAACAAGCCAAGGCUUUGGAAAGGUAUCUGGAUUUAUCAAUAGGGAAGUAUUGGGGGGAGAUGGGAGUUGAUUUCUGGGAUGGUUCUGUUUGGAAACAAGAAUGCCUGAAACAUGAGGUUCUUAUGAUUUGGAAAUUCUCACUUUCUGGUCAAUUUGUGUUGGUAAUGACACCCAUGAUCUUGCUGAAUGCUUUGAGGCACAGCUUCAUAAAACUGGAGGCGAUGAAGGUAUUAAUAUUCGACGAAUGCCAUAAUGCUAGAGGUAAACAUGCCUACGCAUGUAUCAUGAAGGAGUUUUAUCAUCCCAGUUUGCAAGCAGGUGUCACGUGCCUUCCUCGGAUAUUUGGGAUGACUGCUUCCCCUGUAAAAGGCAAAGGUGUUAAGAUUCGCUCUUUAUUUUCUCUUAUUAAGCUAUGUGCUCAAGCUGAUUAUGCAUGUUGUUUGUUCAGGUUCAAGCUCUUCAGCAGAAUAUUGGAAGGAGAUUCGUGA